CAGUUGAAUUGGACUCCUUGGACAGAGAACCAGGUCCGAGCAAAUCAACAGCUGGACUAGUACCGACGGAGGGGAUCUGCCACACCGGGAACAGGAUCCGAGAUGCGCUCCAUUGGCGCCCCCUGUCGUUUGGGAUAAACGUGGUAGUUGAACCUGGAGGAGUGAACUUUCGUAGACAGGAUGGUUUUUGUGGCGACGCUGGACCGAAAUUCCACAGUUGAGACAUUUCUGAGCGCCAUCCACCUGGAGAAGUAUGUGGAGACAUUUUGCAGGGCUGGACUCCUGCUGGCUGGUGACUUGACCCACAUGGACCAUGAUGCUCUGGUGAGUCUGGGAAUAACUGCCACAGGACACAGGAAGAGAAUUUUGCGAUCAGUCUCUUACAUAUCGAGAUCUGCUCAAAGCGCGCCCUCGCCCCGGGAACGCUGUCAGUCAGUGUGUGGCGAGCGGGACCUGGUGACUUUUGAGGCGCUGAGGAAUAGCUCAGCCCCUGAUCUGCUGUCCAUGUUGGUGACCUCUGACUCCAGUGGGACCCUUGGAAAGCCGGUCCCUAAACCUAGAACUGUCUUCAACCGGCGCCGCACCACACCUGUCCAUUUCAGUUACCCAAGACUUUCCGAAGAGUCCGUCAGUUUGACUGACAGAAAAUGUUUUAGCACAGAGGAUUCUCCCUCUGAAGGAGUCAAGUGGGAAGUGAGCCACCAGCAGGACCCCAAGUUGGGGUCACCUCUGGUUCCUCCAAGACUGCAGAGCAGUGGUCCAUCUCGCCUGUACCAGUCUGCUGAAGCCACUGUGCCCCAAAGUUGUCGUGGCAACUCCAUGGAGAUGGUCUCAAAUGAGAUUUACUGGGGAGCGUCCGGUGUGAACAGUGGGAGGAGUCAGCAGCUGGCACCCCCUACUCCACCUCGACCGACAGCUGACAGGAAGUACGAUCGGAACAGUAGUGGAACUCUAAGCAGAAGUUCUUCGGGAUCUCUACCAGAAGACCCAGAGCCGGUCAUUAGUCCGUACUGUGAGUCCACGUUCUGCUGUAAAACCAAGCGACCACUGAGCAGCCAGGAGAGACGGAAGCGUGAACACGCCGAGGAAGGCGAAAACUCCCCAGGUUACAGCAGUCUUGGGGGGUUCCCACCUCCUCCCUUCUGUGGCCUGGAUCAGGCCCUGCAACCCGAUGAAGACUUGACUAUCUCACCGUAUGCAAGCUUUACCUGUGAGGGCGAGCAAGCCCCGCCCAUCAUCAGCGGCUGGCUGGACAAGCUGUCACCACAAGGGAAUUAUGUUUUCCAGAAACGCUUCGUGAAGUUUGACGGAAAGAAUCUGAUGUAUUUCAGCAGCGACAAGGAUGUCUACUCCAAAGGAGUGAUCCCAUUGGAUGUGGUCCAGACGUCCCGCCCUUCCAAGGAGAACAAAUUUGAGAUAGUGACGAAUCAGCGCAUUUUUGUAUUCCGAGUGGAAAAUGAAGAGACGAGGGCUCGCUGGGUCUCAACCAUCCAGGACCAUGUCCGGGACCAGCUGGUCUGGGGUCGGAGCAGGUUCAGUUGUCAGAAACACGGUGCUCUGGAGCUCAAGGGAACCAAGUCCAAGGUGUAUGUGGCGCUGAGCGACGAACAGAUCUGGCUGUACAAGAACGAACAGUGUUUUCGGAACAGAAUCGCGAUCACACUGAUCGAAGCUCGUGGAGCCACAAUCCGGGACGGGAAGAACAAGAGCUUUGACUUGAUCACUCCAUACAGAACCUUCAGCUUCACGGCGGAGACGGACCAAGACAAGCGGGCCUGGAUGGAGGAGCUGCAGGACUCCAUUGCUGAGACGCUCUCAGACUAUGAGGUGGCUGAGAAGAUCUGGUCCAAUCGCUCCAACAGAACCUGUGCCGACUGUAGAUCUCCAAACCCGGACUGGGCCUCUAUCAACCUGUGUGUUGUCAUCUGCAAAAACUGCGCAGGUCAGCACAGAAGUUUGGGGACUAUGGUGUCGAAGGUUCAAAGUUUAAAACUGGAUACAAGUGUAUGGAGCAAUGAGAUUGUACAGCUCUUCAUCAUGGUUGGCAACGACCGGGCCAAUGAGUUCUGGGCAGCUCAUUUGUCUCCGGCAGAUGAGCUCGGUGUGGAGCCCUCUAGUGAAGAGAGAAAAGAGUUCAUAAGCCAUAAGUACCGGGACGGACGCUACCGACGGGCCCUCGCCAAGUUCUCCUCCCAGGAGCAGCUGCUGAAGGUUCUGUGUUCAGCUGUGGCUGAACAAACACUGCUGAAAACAGUCACUCACAUGUUUCUGGAAGCUGGGACUCCCACUGACCCGCACAGUCAUCAGGUGGACAAGCAAAUGGACCGCUUCUGCUCAGGUGCGCACAUGUACAGGUGCUCACGUAUGAUCCCCGUUCUGCCUGUAAAAUGUGCGUGUGUGUGUUCAGAACCAGGGGUGUACGACGAGAUCACACAGCCUGUUCUUCUCUCCGGAUUCCUCUACAAGUCCAACUGUUCGGGUCGAGUGACGCUAACCCGGAAAACCCGAGAAGACUUUCAAAGGUUUUGGUGUCAGCUGGGCCAGUCUCUGCUCCUCUACCAGUCGGAGACAUCCACUGAGCCCAGCCUGCAGAUCCCAGUGAAGGACAUCCUGUGUUUAGGUGUCAGCCGACCUGACUGGAGCCACAGUGGCAGCUCCAAUGGCUUCAUCAACAGAUUCAGAUUCACCUUUGAGCUGUACCUGUCCUCAGACAGGUUUCACCAGUUUGGACUGGAGUCUCUGGACGCCCUGCAAUCUUGGACCAGAACCAUUGGGAAGGCAGCAACACCUCUCGGCUGUCACUGCCUCUUGUCGCGGGAGUUUGAACGAGUGGGUCUCCUGCGAUUCCGGAACAUGUUGGACCCUCAGCAGUGGAAGGAAGAGUUUUUUGUCCUGCAGAAGUCCAACUUGUUCAUGUGUCCCAUCAGAACCGGCGCUGCAGAGGACAUUAUCAAUCUGAAUCGCUUGCAGGAACUGAGCGUGGGGACUGAAGGAGAUGAGAAGAAAGAGGUGCUGAUUCUGGUGGAGCGAGGAAGAACGCUUCACCUGCAGGGGGCUGGUCGGUCAGACUUCUCUCUGUGGUGCUCAGAUAUCCGCCGUGCAGCCGGCGGCUCGGGGAACACGCUGCGAGACCAGCAAAUGAGCCGUAAUGACAUUCCCAUUAUUGUGGACCGCUGCAUUGAGUUUGUCACGCAGUACGGUCUGGGCCAUGAAGGAAUCUACAGGAAGAAUGGAGCGCUGUCCAGAAUCAAGCUACUGAUGGACGAAUUCCGCCGUGACGCCCGAAAUGUGCGGCUUCGGAUCGGGGACCAUUUCAUUGAAGAUGUGACAGAUGUCCUCAAGAGGUUCUUCAGGGAGAUUGAGGAUCCUGUCUUCAUGUCCCACUUGCACCCCCUGUGGCAGGAAGCUGCAAAGAGUCCGCAGAAGGCUCAAAGGUUGGAGCGAUACAAGGAAUUGAUCCGAAUCCUUCCUCGGGUCAACAGGACGACACUGGCGGCGCUGGUCAGUCACCUGUACAGGGUCCAGAAGUGCGCUGGACUGAACCAGAUGUGCACCAAAAACCUCGCGCUGCUAUUCGCUCCGAGUCUCUUUCAGACGGACGGGAAAGGCGAGUACGAGGUGAAGAUUAUGGAGGACUUGAUAAACAACUACCCCUGGCUGUUCGACAUCGAUGAAGAACAUCAGACUCAGAUUGACUUGGAGGUCAGUUUGAUCACCAGCUGGAAGGACACACAGCUGUCUCAGGCGGGGGACCUGAUCAUCGAGGUGUACCUACAGAAGAAGUUACCCGACUGUUGUGUCACUCUGAAGGUGUCGCCCAGCAUGUGUGCUCAGGAGCUGACCAACCAGGUUCUCUACCUGAGGAACAUGUCACUCGGAGAACCGCAUGCGUGGAUGAUGUUUGAGGCUGUGGAGGACGGCCAGCUGGAGCGGCCAUUGCGGCCUAAAGAGAAAGUUCUGGAGCAAGUGCUUCAGUGGUGCCAGCUGCCUGACCCAAGCUCCGCCUACCUAGUGGUGAAGAAGAUCCCCAAGAUGGACGGCGUGGACGUCCUCUCCUUCUGCCGCAGUGACGUCAUCAAGGUGGGCGUGCUUAAGUUCCGUGAAGAGCCUCCAAAGUUCCAUCAGGGAACCAAAUUCCAGGAGAGAAUUUUCCAGAUCAAAGAUCGUAAACUGCUUCUGCUAAGAGACAAGAAGAGUCUGCGUCCUGAGAAAGAGUGGAGUCUUGACAACAUGAAGGUCUACAUGGGGAUCCGUAGGAAGCUCAAAGCUCCCAGCAGGUUUGGCCUGACAGUUGCGUUGGACCGACAUCAGCUCUUCCUGUGCUGCAGCGAGGAGGCUGAACUCUGGGACUGGAUGACCUGCUUCCUCAACGCUCACAUUGACGACUCCACCUUGCCGCCGGUGCGCCGACGUUCCACCUCGCACCUCCAGAAGCAGAAGUUCGGGACCAUGCCACUGGUCCCAAUUCGAGGGAACGACAGCAACCGUGGGAUGCUGGCAGCCAAUCAGACCCUGAGGAAGCUGCACGACAGACGGACUCUCUCCAUGUUCUUUCCCAUGAAGGUCCAGUCUGAUCCUCCAGAGGAGAGUGAGGACAGUCCGAAGCAUCCGCCACCUCCUGAGCAGCCAGAGACUCCCGAACCACCAGAGCCCCUUUACGAGGAAGUCGGGGACUUUGGCCUUCAGGUCCUCCGGUCCCUGGAGACCAGCUUUCUGUCUGGCGUGGUGUCAGAGACCCAAGAAGUCCUGGACCACCUGCAACUUGUUUCUGUGAAGCCCAAGCGGACUGUGGAAGACCCGCUGGAUGGAGGGCCGCCGGGAGGAUGCACAACCUCACAGGAGCUGCUGCUACAAGAGCUGGAGUCGGCUUUUGGGAAACUAGAGGAGGCAGAGCGGCAGCAGGAGGUGCAGCAGGAUGAAAAUACUUCCAGCAAGUGAAACUCACUGAAAUAACUCAGCUGGAUGUUGCUAGAUUUUUACUGACAAAAUGUAUUGGUUUUUUUUUUUUUUUCAAUUUUCCCGUGGUAAACAUGACACUGCACCUAAUGUAGGUCUAUGAAAUCGUACAAGAAAGUCGAAUUGAAUCGUUAUUCCUCUGAUCUUUUCAGCGCGCUUGACAUGAUGUAGCUUCCUGCGCGGCCACCAGAGGGCAGUCCGCUCUUUCUGGUGACGCUUUUCCGCGGUUCUAAGAUUCUUUUAACAACUUUACUCGCUUCAUUUACUUACUUUAAUCACCCCAAAUUAAAACUAUGUGCUUGAUGUUUUUUACUGUAAUAAAA